AUGACAAUCCCGACCUGGAAACAAGUCGCCGAAACCAAGCGCCAAUCCACCCUCGACGCCAUCCCCGAGAAAUGGCGAAUCAAGGGCCCCAUCCCCUCCGCCACGGAGCAGCGCGACGUGACAGGUGCCUACAUUCAGCAAUUCCUGACGGAGCGCGAGGCUGAAAUCACCGAGACGGACGCCGUGGGGAUUGCUGAACGCACUACAACGGGCCAGUGGACAGCCGUCGAGGUGACAGAGGCGUUCUGCCAUCGUGCUGCGCUGGCGCAUCAGCUCGUUAAUUGUCUCCACGAAAUCUUCUUCGACAAGGCCCUCGAAACCGCCCGCGCUCUAGACGCCUACUUUGCUCAAACCGGAAAACCACUUGGUCCUCUACACGGCCUGCCCGUCAGUCUGAAAGAUCAGUUUCACGUCCUAGGUGUAGAGACCACCAUGGGCUACGUCGGCUGGAUCAACACCUUCCAAGGCAUCUCCAACGACCCCCGUUAUCUCAAUCACGAAAGCGAGCUAGUCAAAGAACUUCGCGCCGCCGGUGCCGUUCUCUACUGCAAGACCAGUGUGCCCAUGACCCUCAUGUCUGGUGAAACUAUGAACAACAUCAUCAACUACACCCAGAAUCCGAAGAACCGAUUCCUGACAUCGGGAGGCAGUUCCGGGGGUGAAGGGGCGCUGAUCGCGCUGCGGGGAUCGCCGGGCGGUAUCCGUGUUCCGGCCGCAUUCAAUGGCCUGUAUGGCAUCCGACCGUCGGUGGGGCGGAUGCCCUACGAGGGAGCAGCGAACUCCGGGGAUGGGCAGAAUGUGGUUUUGUCUGUAAUUGGACCUUUGGCCACUACAGCGAAGGGGUUGACGUUGCUCUUUAAAUCGGUACUGGGGCAGAGUCCAUGGUUGGGGGAUCCAGGGGUGUUGGAAAUCCCGUGGCGGGAAGAGGGGUUGGCCUUUGGAAUUAUGUAUGAUGAUGGGGAGAUAGAGCCACAUCCGCCGAUCAAGAGGGCAUUGAAGAUUGUCGAGGAUACGGUAAGGGGGUUGGGACAUCGGCUCAUCAAAUGGGAACCCCCAUCUCACCACACAGCCGCGAACAUAGCCAUGCGAGCAUACGACCUCGACGGCGGCGCCGACGUGCGUCACAACUUCGCUCUCUCCGGCGAAACCCCCCUCCCCCAAGUAGUCAUCGACACCACCGGGUCCCCGCAAAAGGUCGCCCAGGAAAUCGCCGCCCUGAAUGUCGAGAAGCGCGAGUACCAGAAACGCUACCUGGACUACUGGAACAGCACCACCCAACUCACCGGCACCGGACGGCCCGUCGACGCAGUGAUUUAUGCCUGUGCGCCCCAUGCGUCGUGCAUCCCGACCAAGUACGCGACGGUGGCGUAUACUUCUUUCAUCAAUGUGUUGGAUUAUACGGCUGUCGUGGUGCCGGUGACUAAUGCGGAUAAACAGAAGGAUGUUGUGCAGGAGAGAAAGUAUUUGAGUGAGUUGGAUAGGAAGACGGAUGGGGAGUAUGAUGCGGACGUGUAUGAUGGUGCACCGGCUGGGAUUCAGCUCUUUGGACGUCGUCUCCAGGAAGAGAAGAUUUUGGUGUUGGCCGAGUAUCUGGGCGAGAAGAUCAAGAAAGCGACUGCUUGA